CUGGCUCUCUCUUUACAGUUGGCGCAAUGAGUUUUAACAGUAAAGUCGUGAUAGUAACAGGUGCCAGUUCAGGCCUGGGCGCCGCCACUGCCGAAGCAUUUGCCAAACGUGGCGCUAAAGUAGCGCUCGUCGGUCGCAAUUUGUCGAAUCUUAAAACUACAGAAGCCGCCUGUAAGGCAGCCAACAAAAACGCUGAGCUGCUACUUAUCGCUGCCGACGUCACCGUGGAUGCCGAACGCAUUAUCAAUGAAACAGUCAAGAAAUUCGGACAAUUAGAUGUGUUGGUGAACAAUGCUGGCAUUUUAGCUUACGGUAGUAUUUUGGAUAUUGGUGUGGAACAAUUCGACUCCCUGCUCAAUACCAAUUUACGUUCUAUUUUUCUGCUAACCAAGCUGGCUGCACCCCAUCUAAUCAAGACACAAGGCAAUAUUGUGAAUGUGUCAAGCGUCGCCGGCUUGCGUACAUUCCCGAAUACUUCAAGCUAUUGCACCUCUAAGGCAGCUGUUGAUCAGUUUACUAGAUGUAUUGCUUUGGAUUUGGCGCCGAAAAAUGUGCGUGUCAAUGCUGUGAAUCCUGGUGUAGUCGUCACCGAUAUUCAUGCACGCAGUGGCAUGACCGAGGAGGCUUAUGCGGAUUACAUGCGACGCGCCAAAGAAACACACGCGCUUGGACGUGUGGGCACAGCAAAGGAAGUGGCUGAUACCAUUGCCUUUUUGGCUAGUGACGAGGCGUCCUUCAUCACCGGUGCUACAGUGCCUAUCGAUGGUGGCAAGCAGGCGAUGUGCCCGCGUUAAGGGCAAUCAAAAUUAAAUAAGUAUAAACAUAUGUUUUUAUAUCUACCUGUAAAUAGUAAUUUUAAAGUAACUGUUUA